CGGCCGCCAGCUGUGUGUCAGCCUCAGGCAGCCGCGCGCGGGUCAGUCAGCCUCCGCGCUCCUCAGAGGACCCGCGGCCGCCGUGGCGUGACCGCGGAGAGCGGCACGACCGCGGACCCUGAGCACAGGCGAAAUCUUCAAGAGCCAGAGAGACUUUCUAGGUUCAGCCCGUGAGACCCCAAAUCCUCUCAGCUUUAUGUGGCCCCACAUUUACUAGGUUAGAUUCGAAUCCCCUCGGCGGGACACUGAAAAGCAAGGUCCAGGACCAUAGGAUCCUUGACCUCUCCAGGGAAAUGUCCUGCACCACGAACACCAACAAACUGGAAGAGAAUAGCCCUGAAGGAGAUGCAGGGAGAGCCGAGUUGAAACCCAAGGUCAAAGAUGAGUUCAAAGACAUUUCCAUAUACUUCUCCAAAGAAGAAUGGGCAGAGAUGGGAGAGUGGGAGAAAAUUCGCUAUAGAAAUGUGAAAAGGAACUAUAAGAUGCUAAUUUCUAUAGGUCUGAAAGCCCCUAAACCAGCUUUCAUGUGUUUCCAAAGGCAAGCAGUCAAGCCCCAGAUAAGUGACAGUGACGAUUCUGAUGAAGAAUGGACACCUAAACAGCAAGCUAGUCCUCCUUGGAUGCCUUUCCGGGUGAAGCACAGCAAACGACAGAAGGAAAUGCCUAGAAUGUCAUUAUGUAAUGAAUCUAAUAUGAAGGAAGUGUCUGGAACAGAAAAUCUGCUGAAUACAAGUGACCCAGAACAUUCCCAGAAACCACUGUCCUCUCCUGAAGAAGGAAGCACCUCUGAACAAAAACUGAAGAAACUCAGGAAAAAGAAUGUUGAAGUGAAGAUGUACAGUCUUCGAGAGAGAAAGGACCUUGCAUAUGAGGAAGUCAGCGAGCCUCAGGAUGAUGACUACCUCUAUUGUGAGAAGUGCCAGAAUUUCUUCAUCAACAGUUGUCCCAACCAUGGGCCUCCGAUAUUUGUAAAAGACAGUGUGGUGGACAGGGGACAUCCCAACCACUCAGUCCUCAGUCUGCCCCCUGGGCUGAGAAUUGGUCCAUCGGGCAUCCCUGAGGCUGGACUUGGAGUAUGGAAUGAAGCGUCUGAUCUGCCAGUGGAUCUGCACUUUGGCCCCUAUGAGGGCCAGAUCACAGAGGAUGAAGAGGCAGCCAACAGUGGAUAUUCCUGGAUGAUUACCAAGGGGAGAAACUGCUAUGAGUAUGUGGAUGGAAAGGAUGAGUCCCAAGCCAACUGGAUGAGGUAUGUAAACUGUGCCAGGAAUGAUGAUGAACAGAACCUGGUGGCCUUUCAGUAUCACAGGCAGAUUUUCUAUCGAACCUGCCGCGUCAUCAGACCAGGCUGUGAGCUUCUGGUCUGGUAUGGGGAUGAGUACGGCCAGGAGCUCGGCAUUAAGUGGGGAAGCAAGAGGAAGAAAGGAAUCACAGCAAUAAGAGAACUAAAGACAGAGAUUCAUCUUUGUCUUUUAUGCUCUUUGGCCUUCUCAAGUCAGAAAUUCCUCAGUCAACAUUUGAAAUGGAAUCAUCACAAUGAAAUCUUCCCAGGAGCGUCUGCUAGGAUAAACCCCAAACCAGGGGCUCCCUGUCCAGAUCAGCUUCAGGAACAGCGACAUUUUGAUUCAAACAACAAAAAUGACAAGGACAGAAAUCAAGAAGUGAAAGGAAAGUCCAAGCUGAUGCAUAAAUGGACAGGACAGGGGAUUUCAACAGCCUUUCCCAGCACACUGAAAGGACAAAUAAGAUCUGAGGAAAGUAAAAGAACUAUGGAAGAGCUCACGACAGGCCAGAAAACAAAUACAGAGGACACAGUCAAAUCAUUUAUUGGAUCAGAAAUCUCAGGAACUGGAAGAGAAUGUGGGCAAUGUUUUAGUGAUAAGUCAAAUGUCAGUGAGCACCAGAGGACACACACAGGGGAGAAGCCCUAUGUGUGCAGGGAGUGUGGGCGGGGCUUUAUGCAGAGGUCAAACCUCAUCAGUCACCAGAGGACUCACACAGGGGAGAAGCCCUAUGUGUGCAGGGAGUGUGGGCGGGGCUUUACAGUGAAGUCAGUCCUCAUCAGUCACCAGAGGACUCACACAGGGGAGAAGCCCUAUGUGUGCAGGGAGUGUGGGCGGGGCUUUACAGUGAAGCCACACCUCAUCAGUCACCAGAGGACUCACACAGGGGAGAAGCCCCACGUGUGCAGGGAGUGUGGGCGGGGCUUUACGCAGAGGUCAAACCUCAUCAGGCACCAGAGGACUCACACAGGGGAGAAGCCCUAUGUGUGCAGGGAGUGUGGGCGGGGCUUUACAGUGAAGCCACACCUCAUCAGUCACCAGAGGACUCACACAGGGGAGAAGCCCUAUGUGUGCAGGGAGUGUGGGCGGGGCUUUACAGUGAAGCCACACCUCAUCAGUCACCAGAGGACUCACACAGGGGAGAAGCCCUAUGUGUGCAGGGAGUGUGGGCGGGGCUUUACAGUGAAGUCAGUCCUCAUCAGUCACCAGAGGACUCACACAGGGGAGAAGCCCUAUGUGUGCAGGGAGUGUGGGCGGGGCUUUACAGUGAAGUCAGUCCUCAUCAGGCACCAGAGGACUCACACAGGGGAGAAGCCCUAUGUGUGCAGGGAGUGUAGGCGGGGCUUUACGCAGAGGUCAACCCUCAUCAGGCACCAGAGGACUCACACAGGGGAGAAGCCCCACGUGUGCAGGGAGUGUGGGCGGGGCUUUACGCGUGGGUCACACCUCCUCAGGCACCAGAGGACACACACGGGAGAAGUACUGCCUUUUCAAUAAGGGUGAGAAAACCAAUAGCAAUAAAACAUCUCAACAAUCACAGGAAGACAAAUGUAGCUACCAAACAUCUUCCCACCUGUUCUACUAAAAUAUCUGAGGAGUCUGCUGAUUUUCUAAACUCAAGAGUAUAAAAUGAUCGGAAAAUGAAUUAAAUCCACAUUUUCUUUCUCCUCUUCUUUUUUUUUUUCCCCCCGCUUGAGACAAGGUUUCUCUGUGUAGCCCUGGCUAUCCUGAAACUUGUGUAGACCAGGCUGGCUUCAAAAUCAGAUCUGCCUGCUUCUGCCUCCCUAGCGCUGGGAUUAAAGGUGUGUGCUGACAGCCCCAUUAAAAAUUUCCGUUUUUAGGGAUGGAGAGAUGGCUCAGUGGUUAAGAGCACUGCCGGUUCUUCCGAAGGACCCAGGUUCAAUUCCCAGCACCCACAUGGCAGCUCACAACUGUCUGUACCUCCAGUUCCAGGUGAUUUGACACCCUCACACCAAUGCACAUAAAAUAAAGUUAAAAAAAUAUAUAUAUUUUAAAAAAUUUUCCAUGUUCAUGAUGUGAGAUGAGCUAGGGAAGAAAACAAACAAACAAACAGAAGAAGGUUCCUUGGGCACUCAAAGGAUGUCUCUUUUCCACACAAAUCCCUUACAAGCUUGGUUUUAUUUUAUUUAUUUAUUUUAGCUAAUAAAGUGUGUUUCCAUACAGAUCUGAAGCCCAAUUACUGAUAGGUUUCCUCCACUAGUUAAAUAAAUCAAUUUAAGUCAGAUUAAAAGUGAAAAAAGGGCAGAUUUGUUUGGGAAAGAGAGGGUUGGAUGGGGGUGUGGGGAGGAAGCUCCUGGGCAAGAUCAGCAGCCUCAGAGGACGAAACCAGAGGACCA